UUUUUUCUUGCAUCGAGUACCUUAUCCUUUCCCCUCGAGCACUGCCUCACCCACUCCCCUAAGUCUAGCCCCCCGGCGAUUACAGCGGCGAGUCCUUCCGGCGAUUGGAGCAGCAGCGAGUGGCGCGGGAGUGCGGCGGAGAGGAUGCGGGAGGGCUGCGUCCGUGCGAUAGGGCGACACAUGCCGGGCACCACGCCGCGCCUGCGGGAGGAGGUGGCGGCGAGGAUGCGGCCGGCGGGAGGGAGCUCCUCCUGCACGUCCAGGGCGCCGUCCGGCACCACGAGUGCGCGUAGGCCGCAUCCGGGAGUGCGAGAAGCGUGGCGCUGCCGGUCGCGCCCGCCACUGACAUCCUGCCGCCGCGGCGUGGUCGGCGGGGACCCGUUCGCGGCGUCGCUUUGUCGGGUCGCGCGAGUACGGCGGCGAGGAUGUGGAUGGCUGCAUCGGGCGGCUACGUAGCCGGUAGAUAUGGAGGCGGCCGCGGCACUCGAGAAGAGGGAGCGGCUAGUGAUUGGGCCAAGGUCUGGGUCCUCCCGUCGUCGCACACGGUCGCUGAGGAGAGUCGACGGCUAUGGAGGACGUCGAGUGGCGGUGGCAGCCGCUCCCGCUUCUGCUCCGAGUGUAUCAAUGGCGUCGUCCGCCGUCGACCCCUCCAUUUGGGGCUUGCUCGAGGGGCGGAGCCAGGAUUUGAGUAUGAGGGAGCGAAGAGGCCAAUACCAAGCAAUCGUAUAUAAAACAUAUAUAAAAGAUGAUGGCAAGUUUCAAUUUCUCAUUGAUUAACCAUGGCAACUUUUUAUUAUUUGAUCUUGGUAAGUUUAGAAAUUGAUCAUGGCAAUUUUAGUUUGCAGAUCAUGCCAUUUUUUAGUUUCAUGUAUUGUGCUUCGCAACAUUUUUUUUAGCACGGACGAUGUUAAUUUUUAGUAAAAGAUCAUGGCAAAUUAAGUUUACGAUGCAUGGCAAAUUUUAUUAAUUAAACAUGGCAAUUUUUUUUGUAAAUGAAGAUGGAAAAUUUCCUGAAUGUUAAGAACAUCCACAACUUCUGUCAUGCCCUUGUUUAGCAAAUUUUCCUCCAUAUUUUUGCCAUCGCAAAAAUACUUUUAUUCACACGGCAAAUUUUAGUAUAAGUUGCCAUGGCAAUUUUUUAGUUUAAGUUGCCGUGGGAAAUUUAUUGUAAAAAAAUGGUAAUUUUGUUUUAAAUAUUAUGGCAAAUUUACAUUUCCAGAACAUGGCAAAUUUAACUAUGUAGCACGGUAAAUAUACUUGUAUAGCCAUGGCAUUUUUUAAUUUAUUUCCAUGGUAAAAAGUACUCCAUUUUUUCCAUGGCAAAAAUUAAUCCAUUUUUUGCCAUGGCAAUUUUUUACUCCAUUUUUGCAAUGGCAAUUUUAACUCCAUUUUUUUGCCAUGGCAAAAAUACUUUUAUUUCACAUGGCAAAUUUUAGUCUAAGUUGCCAUUGCAAAUUUUAUUUUAAGUUGCCAUUGCAAAUUUAUUGUAAAGAGCAUGACAAUUUAAUUUAAAUAUUAUGGCAAAUUUUACUAUGUAGCAUCUUAAAUAUACAUGUAUACCCAUGGCAUUUUUAAAUAUAUUUCCGUGGCAACUUCUUCCUUUUUGUGCCAUUUUUAAAACAUAAACUUGAACAUGGCAAUUUUUUCAUAGAAUGGCAAAAGUCCAUGGCAAUUUUGUUGUGCAAAAGACCCGUGUUUAUUAUUCACAGAAAAACUGGGCUUUUUACUUGUCAUAACUUAAUAUGGGCUUUAUGUUUCAUUUUUCUUUUCACAGGAAUUGAGUUGGUUGUUCGGGCUGGUGCGUGGGUUGUUCGGGCUGGGGCGUUCUCCUCCCGAAUUGAGUUGUUCGAUCGAUGCCCCUCUUGUCCCGAACGUUCGGACUGGGAGCACCCCGGACCGAACGGUCGGGAGUUAUCGACGUCCAAAAGAAAACCAUUUUAUAUCUGCAACCAACAAAACAUGUUUGAUGCACUACGAGCGCGAUACAAAUGGGAGGUAACCUGCACAACAACCCAUACAACAUUAGAAAACUUACACUAUGAGAUGUUUGAUCUACUUGUCAUGAUGACAAAAGAUAUAUUUCCUACUCCGUUGUCAAUUCCGCUUUGCAAGGCUAUCUGUAGCAAAUGAAAAACAAUUACGAGAAAGGUUUAGGUUGCUUGGUACCCGCUGGUUUUUAUGGAUGUUUAAGAGGUUAGUAUCACAACACAAACUCAUAAUUCUCAUGUAAUUACCAUGUGACACAUGUGGUAAGUAAUUCAAACAAUUCUAAAAAAAAGUUUGAACAAUGGACAUUGAAGAAUGAUCAAUGAGCGAAUUAAACGCAACUCGGAUGGUUAGAUUUCUUGUGAUGGAACCAACCCAUCAAAGUUCAUGUCUUAGACUUGGCACUGAUAGUUGUGUUUUCUGGAUUUAUUUCCGGCCUUCCGGCGAUGUGCGUUCAGUGGGAGGAGAGGUUCCUGUCGACUACGAAUGCGUUCGUGGUGACUUCGUCAAUCUUAAAAUGUUGUGUUGACUGAGUAUCUCGGAGAUGCUCAUAGGGAUAGACUGUGGGUGCGCACGUUAAUAGAAUUGCGGGUAUGUACGCGUAUGUAAGUAUCUGCAUUUGUACAGUGUUAAAAAAUGAUCAACAAUGGACAUCAACACGUACGGUUGUAAAAAAAGUGCAAAAAAAGUGCAGUUUAGCGAAAUGCUGGUUCAUGCAAAGAUUGCCUCCAAUUUCCAUGGGAUCAACCGACCAAAAGUAGUACUAGUCUACAAGACGAAGAAAAGAAGUUAAGAAAAGACUGCUCCUCAUGAUCCUGUUGACGGGAGCAACAAACAAACUAACCGGCACGGGAGAGAUCCGCGGCUCCGUGUCCCGAUUCUCCUGCGAGUCCUGUCCCGCGCCAAGCCGCUCAACCAGCGAACCGCCUGCUGACCCCACAUCCCGCUCGCCCCCGACGUGCGGGGAUCACCCCGCGUUCCCCAAACUCGUGUGCAUGGCGCGCCACGUACGCCCAUCGCGCAAACACAGCGCCUAAAACCCGCGCCCAAACUAAUGGUGGCACUACCAGCUUAGAUCGAUCCACCCAUCCAUCGGCCGAUCGGCAUGGCGGGGGUGGGAGGCCGGAGCUCGCGCGCCGCCGGCAAGCGCGGGGGCGGGGCGGCGUCGUCGUCCGCGGCCGCGUCGGCGUGCGUCUACUACGCCACCACGGGGGUGCUCGUGGCGCUCUGCGUCGCCGGGGCCUACUUGCUCACGUCGACCUCGUCCGCGUCCAUCGCCGGGCCGGACGACGGGGACAAGGCGGCCGCCGUCACGGCGUACCGCCACACCACGCGCUCGUCGUUCGCGUACGAGGUGACCAGGGAGAAGGCGCCGCCGUCGCCGCCGCGCGAGCCCGAGGCCGAGGACGGGACGCUGGGCAAGGAGGACGCUGGCUCCGAGGAGGAUGGCGGCGCCGAUCAGGAGCGCGGCAGCGCCGUCGCCGCGGCGGCCGUGGACGACCCGCAUGCCAAGCCCGAUCUGGACGAGCGUGUCUCCGGCGGCGAGGACUCCAAGAGCGACGCGGCGGCGGUGGACGAGGACCAGAGCAACGAGCGCGUCCGCGUCGCCGCCAGCGAGGCCACCGCCGAGGAGGAGGAGGACGCCACGGCGGCGACGGGCGCGGACAAGGAGCAAGAAACGCUGGACAACGAUCAGGAAGAAGAGCAGCAGUCGCAUCUGCAGAUGCCGCGCGCCACGGUGGAGGAGAGGAACCUGGACGGCGGCAUCGAGGAGGAGAGCAUCGCGCGGCAGCGGCAGAGCGACGAGGAGGAGCGUAUGAGCGCCGGCGACGAGCAGCCCGGCACGGGCAUCCUCCGCCGCGAGGCGCAGGAGGACGAGGCGGCGGAGCGGCAGUCGGAUGAGGAUAGACCCGAUCAGGAGCAGACAGAGGAGGACCGUAGCAGCGAUCAAACGCUGGUCGAGGAGGACGGGCGCACGUUGGUGGAGGUAGAGUCCGACCCCGGGCAAGAAGACGGCGGCGGGGACGACAAGGCAGCUGCCGAGUCCGAGCACAAGGAGGACACGGACGGCAGCGGCGCCGGCUCGGUGAACCACAACGUCGUCGAUACGCUGCAAGGCGAGGGCUCGGCCGUCGGCGCCGAAGGAGACCAGAGCGCGUGGGCAACACAGCGCGAUCAGUCGCACCGGGAGAAGGACCGGCGGCAGGAAGACGCGGGCGACGGCAACAGCACGGACGGCGAGGAGCAGCACGAGUGGCGGACGUGCAACGUCAAGGCCGGCGCCGACUACAUCCCGUGCCUGGACAACGAGAAGGCCGUCAAGAAGCUGCGGCCGGAGAACUUCCGGCGCUACGAGCACCGCGAGCGCCACUGCCCCGACGAGGGCCCGACGUGCCUCGUCGCGCUCCCAAGUGGCUACCGCCGCCCCGUCGAGUGGCCAAAGAGCCGCGACAGGAUUUGGCUGAGCAAUGUGCCGCACACGAAGCUGGUCCAGGUGAAGGGGCACCAGAACUGGGUGAAGGUGAGCGGGCAGUACCUGCUCUUCCCCGGCGGCGGCACGCAGUUCAUCCACGGCGCGCUGCACUACAUCGACUUCCUGCAGCAGUCGGUACGCGGCGUCGCGUGGGGGAAGCGCACGCGGGUGGUGCUGGACGUGGGGUGCGGCGUGGCCAGCUUCGGGGGCUACCUGUUCGAGCGGGACGUGGUGACCAUGUCGUUCGCGCCCAAGGACGAGCACGAGGCGCAGGUGCAGAUGGCGCUGGAGCGCGGCAUCCCGGCCAUCUCCGCCGUCAUGGGCUCCAAGCGCCUGCCCUUCCCCAGCAAGGCCUUCGACCUCGUCCACUGCGCGCGCUGCCGUGUCCCCUGGCACGCCGACGGCGGCGCCCUCCUCCUCGAGCUCAACCGCGUCCUCCGCCCCGGCGGCCUCUUCGUCUGGUCCGCCACGCCCGUCUACCAGAAGCUCACCGACGACGUCGAGAUCUGGAAAGCAAUGACGGCUCUGACGAAAUCCAUGUGCUGGGAGCUGGUGACGAUCAAGAAAGACCGGCUCAACGGCGUCGGCGCCGCCUUUUACCGGAAGCCGACGUCCAACGAGUGCUACGAGAGCAGGGGGCGGCAGCAGCCUCCCAUGUGCAGCGACGACGACGACGCCAACGCCGCGUGGUACGUCCGCCUGAACGCCUGCAUCCACCGGGUGCCGACCGGCGCGGCGGAGCGCGGGGCCAGGUGGCCGGCGGACUGGCCGCGGCGGGUGCGCGCGCCGCCCAACUGGCUCAACACCUCGCAGGUCGGGGUGUACGGGAAGGCGGCGCCGGAGGACUUCGUGGCGGACUACCAGCACUGGAGGCGCGUCAUGGACAAGUCGUACCUCAACGGGCUGGGCGUCGACUGGUCCAGGGUGAGGAACGUCAUGGACAUGAGAGCCGCCUACGGAGGGUUCGCCGCGGCGCUGAGGGACCAGAAGGUCUGGGUGAUGAACGUCGUCAACGUCGACGCGCCGGACACGCUGCCCAUCAUCUUCGACCGCGGGCUGUUCGGCAUGUACCAUGACUGGUGCGAGUCCUUCAGCACCUACCCGAGGACCUACGACCUUCUGCACGCCGAUCACCUCUUCUCAAAGAUAAAGGACAGGUGCGCCGUGUUGCCGGUCGUCGUCGAGGUGGACAGGAUCGUGAGGCCGGGAGGGAGCAUCAUCGUGCGCGACGACUCCGGCCUCAUCGGCGAGGUGGAGAAGCUCUUGAGGUCGCUUCACUGGGACGUGAGGCUCACCUUCUCCAAGAACGACAACGGGGUGCUGUUCGCCGAGAAAUCGGAUUGGCGGCCGGAGCUGGUCGCCGAGCCAACCUAAAUCAAGCCAUCUCCAUUCUCAUGAUUACAAGCAAUUUUCACCCUCCAAAAGAUAGAUAGGGUUUUUUUUUGUUCUUUUUUUUCAUUCUUUCUUUGGUUAGCAUUGAUGUAGUAUGCGGAACUUACUAACUACCCUUCAAAUAAGACAUGGUUUUGUAAUGCAGUAUGUAUCUAAGACUCAUGCAUAGAACUGAGACGAGUGGAGCAUUAGUUUGUCAGUUCAAAUACUUA